UUCCGUCCGCGCGAUCCUCGGUCGCGAGAACGAGAUAUCGAUCGACGCGAUCGAACCUCGCGCGCGCGCGCGUGCGCACACACACACGCGCGCACAGCAGCAGCACAGCCGCCGCGCGUGAAACACGGAUGGAUCGCGCGCGAAGUCGCGAGAACGCACAGUGAAUCCCCCGAAAAGCAUCCCCCCUCGGAGGUGAAGGACCAGACACGAUUUCGCGGGAUUCCGUGGGAACAGGUGAGGGUGACGGGCCACCUAUAUGAGGUGCUGGGAUCCUGGGAGGUCAUAUGCUCGUUGUCCUGUUGAGAGUCCUCCGCUCUUCAGGAUGCCACGGAAGAUCGGCGUCUACGUUAGCGCGCUGCUCGUCCUGCUGCUCGAGCUGACAGCAUCGACCGUGGUCCUGCCGAGGCCACCCUCGUCGCUCAAUCACAUCCGCCAUGAUCAGCGGGAGUUGUCCGCGCGGAAGGCGGUCGAGGGCAAGUCUCUGCACGGCGUCUCGCGGAAUAUCGCCGCGGGGAGGCCCGACGAUUACAGACUCCUCGAGAUCGAGCUGCAAAGCGCAGAGGAGAUGGACGCGACGAAUCUGCAAGGUCUGGUGCGCGCGAUGCUGAAGCAGCAGCAACAGAAGCAGCAGCAGCAGCAGCAGCAGAUCGAGCAAACGCCCAACGACAGCUACCCGAACCCCGAGGUGAUCCCGCACUCGAUCGUCGGCGUGCGAGACAUGGGCGGGCUGAGCCCCAAUUACCGCUUGGACACCUUCGACGACGACAAACGCGUCUUACUGAGUCCACCGAAGCUGCAGAGCCUCGACGAGAAGCUCUACUACCUGAAGAGCGGUCGACCCAAGGUCUACGUGAACGUGCGGGGCAAUAGCGGUUCUUUCCGCAAAGGGGAGACCACGUCGCCGAGCGCGACCCCGAGCGAAGGCCCGUUGGGUCUCGUCAGGGUGACGCGACCCUUCGAGAGGCAGACCGAGCGGAAGGUUCGGAACAAAAAGGCUCGACCGCCGAAGAAAUUCGACCGUCGCGUCGACGGGAUCGUCGUUCUGGCCAGCGAACAACUCGACAAAAUAAACGACCAGGGAGCGUCCUACGGAGCUGACGACCUGUCCACCACGGAGAACUCGGUGGUCACGUCCAGCGAGCUGCCGAAACAGAUACCCGCGCCGCCCAGCCGAGCCCGAGGACGAGUGCUGAUGGUGCAGACCACGCCUGUGCAGAGGUACGCGCUGAGGAGGACGGAUAUCUUGCCGGGAUACGGCUUCACCAGCGACGAAUGAUCGCGCGGUCUCUCGAGAGACCGCGCGACCGCGACGCCACCCUGAGGAUUCUCGCGACAUCUUGUUCUCGCGCGCGUCCGGCGCGCGUGUCGACGACGAGCGACAAAUCAUCGUGGAACGCGAUGAGAAGGCAGAAUUCCCGAGCGAGCCGACGCUUUCGCGCCGAUGUCGCGGCAUUCUGGGAAACUUUAACUGGGAGGGGAGGGGGGUGUAGCUGUGAUUGCACGAAAAGAGGGAUAAAAGGGAAGGAAAGAAAAACGGAGAAUGUCUUCGCACUCGACGACGACCUGGCGCGAUACGCACGUUGAAUUCGACGCCGAGUGCGAGCCUCGGGCUUAAUUUAUGCUGAGCAUAACAAUCUACGAUAAGAUACGCAUAACUCGUUAUUUAUAUAAUUUAAUAUAUGCUUGUGUAAUAUAGAAAGUCGACUAAUAUAGAAUUAAGAGAGUGCAAAGUAAUAUAUUAACUCGCAGUUGAGCAAUAAAAUGAGCGAGAAAUCGAAUCGUCGUCCUCGUCGUCCGUGUUGUCCCUGCGCUGUCUCAGCGCUGUCCAAUUUGCAAGGUUGAGAGGAAGUUAAUUUUUUUUAAUCUAACUCUCCGGGAGAGCAAGGGAGGUUCUAUAUAAUUACGUAUAUAAACUUGUAUACAAUUAUAUGUGCGAAUUGUGCAGGAGCAUGAGCCACGUAUGAAUUUUGUUUCCACACGGCCACAUAUACCCAUACGGCGCAAAAAGUUGCAGCAACAUUGCUGCAACGUUGCUGCAACUUUUGUACUGUAUGGAUAAAAUCGCACAUGCAAUUAUACACGUCCGUGCGAAAAACGAAGCUAUUGAGUGAAAAGUGAAAAGAACCUUUUCAAACAUCGGCGUCUUUCGGGUUA